AUGGGGCCGCGCCUGGCGCUGCUGGCCGCGCUGCUGCCUGCGCUGCGUGAGUGCGGGCCCGUCCGGGCCGGCUCGGGAGACCCCCGCACCCCGGGGAACGGACACGUGCGGGGAACUGACCCCGCAGCCCGGCUGCGGUAUCACACCUGGAAAGUGACACGGCAGCGGCAGAGGCCCCGGGCCGCCAGCAGCUCUGCCCAGGGCCCCCCAGGGCCCCCCAGCUCCGGGCGCUGUUUAGGUUCCCAGAUGGUACUGCAGAUCACAGUUCCCCAGAAGUUGCUCUCAGAAACAGCUGGAGAGACGGACACGGUGUCCUACGUCCUCAGGAUCGAGGGGAAGCCGUACACCAUCCACCUGCAGCAGCAGUACUUUUUACCUGAUGAUUUCAGGAUUUACACGUACGAUGAGAAGGGCUCCUUGCACUCUCACUGGCCUCGUAUCAAGGCAGGCUGCCACUACCGGGGGUACAUCGAGGGCUUCCCCAGCUCGGCAGUGACCCUCAGCACCUGCUCGGGGCUCAGGGGCUUGCUGCAGUUUGAGAACGUCAGCUACGGGAUCGAGCCCCGGGCUGCUUCUCCUGCCUUCGAGCACUUUGUGUAUCGAGUGAGUGAGGAGCAGGCGGCAGGUUCCCUGCUGGCCAACAGCCCCACUGCCAGGGGGCUGGGCGGGCUGGCACUGGAGGAGGUGGCCAAGAAAGCUCCUGGAGCUGACCAGCCAGUGCCCAAAUACCAGCGAGAGAUGGCACUUCAUGUCAUUUUGGAAAGGGCUUUGUACAAUUACCUGGGUGCAGAUGAAGAAGUUGUGACACAGACGAUGUUUGAGGUCUUCAGCUUGCUCAGCAGUAUGUUCAGGUCUCUUAAUCUAACAGUGACGCUGUCCUCCAUGGAGGUCUGGAUGGAUAAAGGUACCUUUAGGACAACAGGGGAUGGAGAAGAAGUGCUGGGGCGGCUGUUGAAGUGGAAGCAGACCAGCCCUGUCCUGCAGCCCCACGAAGUGCCCUAUCUGCUCCUGUACAGGGACCCGGCAGCGUUCCUGGGAGCAGCGGCUCUGGGGAAGGCGUGUCAGAGGGAUGCUGCGGGUGCAGUGGCCGUGUUCCAAGGGGCCGUGACGCUGGAGUCCUUCUCCGUCGUCCUGGCGCAGCUGCUGGGACGCAGCCUGGGCAUGAGCCCCGACGGCUCCCGGGAGUGCGGCUGCCCCGGGCGCGUCUGCGUCAUGAGCCCCGAGGCGCUACGUUUCAGUGGGGCAAAAGCCUUCAGCAACUGCAGUGUCGGGGACUUCAAAACCUUCCUGAGGCAGAACAGGGACUGUCCUUUCAUCAGGCCUGCUCUGCACCAGCCGUCCUUCCGCGCGGCCACCUGCGGCAACGGCGUGGUGGAGCCGGGCGAGCAGUGCGACUGCGGGACUGCCGAGGCCUGUGCGUUGGACAAAUGCUGCACUCCCCGGUGUAACUUCAGAGAAGGAGUGAAUUGCUCCACGGGAUUAUGUUGUGCAAAUUGCCAGUUCAAGCCCAAGAACUCCCUGUGCCGCCCCCCGGCCGACCUGCAGUGUGACCUGCCUGAGUUCUGCAACGGCUCCUCGGCGUCCUGCCCCCCCGACCUGUACGUGCAGGACGGGCACAACUGCGAGCACAGCAGCGGGUACUGCUACCAGGGACGCUGCCGCUCUCCAGACCUGCAGUGCCGGCAGAUCUGCGGGAAAGGUUCAAGAAAUGCUCCUUUGGCCUGUUACCAGGAAGUCAACAUGCACGGGGAUAGGUUUGGCCACUGUGGCCGCCACCCAUCACGUGGAUAUCAGGCCUGUUCUUGGGAGGCUGUGGGCUGUGGAAAGUUAGUAUGUACAUACCCGGAUCCUGUUCCCUUCACCAAAGCCAAGGUUGCCGUAAUCUAUGUUCGAGUGGGAGAACAUCUGUGCGUGUCUUUCGACUUUAUGCAAGGACCCAAGGUGCGAGAUCCUCUCCUGAUAAAAGACGGCACAAAAUGUGGCCAUGAGAUGGUUUGUAUGAAUGGCACGUGCCACCCACAUUCAAUUUUGAAGUAUGACUGCAACGUACUGAAAAAAUGCCAUGGGCAUGGAGUGUGCAACAACAAGAAGGACUGCCACUGCCUGCCAGGAUGGAGCCCCCCCUCGUGCGAGACCCGAGGGUCCUCCAUGGGCGGCAGCAUCGACAGCACGCCGGACGCGGGUGAUGUCACCGAACAGUCUCUCCUGGUCGUGCUGAAGAACUCGCUGCUCCUGAGCUUCAGCAGCGUCUUCCUGAUCCUGCUGUGUGGUGGUGUUGCCAUUUCAAAGUGGAGCUGGCUGAAAAAAUUCUGUGCAAGGGGGGAAUCACAAGUAGGGAGCUCCGAGGAGGGUGGUAACGUCCGGGAGACAGAGCUGGAGUCAGACAUGGAGUCAAACCUGGAGCUGCAGAGAGCACGGAAGCCGCAGAACAAGCCGUAAUAAAGG